CUCAUUGUUUGGGGUCCUCACUGGAGGCGCGGCGCCAGUCUCCCGGCAGCAUCUGAACCAGAAAACAGGAGCUAAAUUCAGGGAAAUAUCAGUAAAAACAGGCCGUUCCGAGACUUUGGAUCCUCACACGUCCAGCCAUGAACCUGGAGCUGCUCGAAUCAUUCGGGCAGAACUAUCCAGAGGAGGCAGAUGGCACUCUGGACUGCAUCAGCAUGGCCCUCACCUGCACCUUCAACCGCUGGGGAACCCUGCUGGCUGUCGGCUGCAACGACGGUCGCAUCGUCAUCUGGGACUUCCUGACGCGAGGCAUCGCCAAAAUCAUCAGCGCUCACAUCCACCCGGUCUGCUCCUUAUGCUGGAGUCGAGACGGACACAAGCUGGUCAGCGCCUCCACAGACAACAUCGUGUCUCAGUGGGACGUCCUGAGCGGAGACUGUGACCAGAGGUUCCGCUUCCCGUCGCCCAUCCUCAAGCUGCAGUGUCACCCCAGAGACAUGGACAAAGUUCUGGUUUGUCCCAUGAAGUCGGCUCCGGUUCUGCUGACGCUGUCCGACUCCAAACACGUCGUCCUGCCGGUGGACGAUGACUCGGACCUGAACGUGGUGGCGGCCUUCGACCGGCGGGGCGAGUACAUCUACACCGGCAACGCCAAGGGAAAGAUUCUGGUGCUGAACACAAACACUCAGGAGCUGGUGGCUUCGUUCAGAGUCACGACCGGAACCAGCAACACCACCGCCAUCAAGUCCAUCGAGUUCGCACGCAAAGGGAGCUGCUUCCUCAUAAACACAGCAGAUCGCAUCAUCAGGGUUUACGACGGCAGAGAGAUUCUGACCUGUGGGCGGGACGGAGAGCCAGAACCGAUGCAGAAACUCCAGGACCUGGUCAACAGGACUCCGUGGAAACGCUGCUGCUUCUCUGGAGACGGCGAGUACAUCGUAGCCGGUUCGGCCCGGCAGCACGCCCUCUACAUCUGGGAGAAGAGCAUCGGCAACCUGGUGAAGAUCCUCCAUGGGACCAGAGGAGAACUGCUGCUGGACGUGGCUUGGCAUCCGGUCCGUCCGAUCAUCGCCUCCAUCUCCAGCGGCGUGGUGUCCAUCUGGGCUCAGAACCAAGUGGAAAAUUGGAGCGCUUUUGCUCCGGACUUCAAAGAGUUGGACGAGAACGUUGAGUACGAAGAGCGAGAGUCUGAGUUUGACAUCGAGGAUGAGGACAAGAGUGAACCUGAGCAGACAGGCGCCGACGCUGCCGAGGAUGAAGAGGUGGAUGUGACCACCGUUGAUCCCAUCGUGGCUUUUUGUAGCAGUGAUGAGGAGCUGGAGGACUAUAAGGCCCUGCUGUACCUGCCCAUCGCCCCUGAGGUCGAGGAUCCAGAGGAGAACCCCUUCGGUCCUCCGCCGGAUGCCUCAGUUCAGGCCGCCACUCCAGACGAGGCGCUGGCCGGCGGGGACAAGAAGCAGCGACAGCCUUCGUCUGAGGGAGGUCCGGCCAAGAAGAAGGCUCGGACCACCACCAUCGAGCUGCAGGGGGUUCCCAGCGACGAGGUUCACCCCCUGCUGGGUGUCAAGGGUGACGGCAAGUCAAAGAAGAAGACCGCCGGUCGGCCCAAAGGCUCCAAAGGUAAAGACAAAGACUUCCCCUUCAGGCCCAAGCCCUACAGGGGCGACCGGCCCUCCUUCCCGGUGGUACCCGAGGUUCUAGGCGGCUCAGGCCCAGGAGGAGGAGGAGGAGGAGGAGGGAUGAAGGGCAGGGCAGAGGGGGCCCUGGCCUCAGGAGGUUUGGUGUCGCAGUCGUACAAACAGCACGACAUCGGAGGGAUGGACUGAUAUCUGCUGGACCCGACGGAGCUUCAGGCUAAAAACAGACUCUGGUGUCGCAUACAGACUGAUUCAGGACCGUCUUCAUGGAAACACCCCUCUCUUCCUCCUGUAGUGUUGUCUUUCUUGUUGUUUUUAUACGUAUUAAUUAAAACAUUCUGAUUUCUA